AUGAAUCUCGGAAUUGACAUAGGAUCCAUUAAGACUGUCAUAUACAGCACAAACGGCAAUGGCAUAGCAAUUGAAGACGAAUUCGGAAAAAAGGAGAUAAAAACUGUCAUCGAGAGGACUAGUCCGAUUCGCACAUUCGGCAACGGCGUGUGCGGAGAUUCAGUAAACAAUCUCGCACGGAGGAAAAGACACUUCUUUGGCAAUAUACUAGUGCCAGAGAACCAAGAGAAUCUUCUUAUGUUUCUAAAUUACCUCGAUAGGACCAUUAGACUCAAAAACGAAUACAAAAAUGCUUGUCUUACGAUCCCUGAGUAUUUUGACGAAGAGCAGAAGAGAGUUCUAAGGUCUGUCGUUGAGAUCAGUAAUUUGGACGUGUGCUCAUUUAUGACCCAUCUUACUAGCGUGGCUGCAUGUGCUGCACUCAGGAAUCUUCAGAUUGCUCAGGAUUUUAUGAUUAUUGAUUGUGGAUAUUCAAAGACAUCUGUUGGGCUCUUUAAGUUUGUAGAUAACAGGUUGAUGCCUGUUAAAAGAUGGUGCAUUAGAAGAGGUGCCACCGAUUUUGACGAGGCUGUAUUUUCUAUUCUAAUACGGAACUACAAUCUUCCUAACAAUGAGGUUUCAAGAGAAAAGAUUUUCAAAGAGGUUAACACAAUCAAAAAAGGAUUGAACACUUUGGAAACAGUAAGCACCCGCAUAAUUUCUGAGGACUACCAGCUAGUGAACAUGGAAAUCAGCAGAUCUGAGUAUCUCAGCGCCCUUGAAUCUACCCUUGAAGAGUUAAAAGCUUUCUUUUCAAUGAUCAAGGAGGAGUCAAAGUUCGACGGAUAUGUUGAAGUUGUGGGAAACAAUUCCAACAAUGCAUACAUACAGGAGAUUCUCAGCACGCUCUCCUACAACACAACUCUCAACACAUCCGAGUCGGCCUCUCUUGGCGCCUGUCUCGCCCUGGCGGUUAAUUCAAGAAAAAUGCAAUUUAGAGUUGAUGAGAUCCUGGGCAGUGACAUAUUUGUAAAGAUAGAUGGGGAGGAUGUAAAACCCACUCUUGUAUUUUCCCAUAACUCGCCACUAACUUUUGAGAAUGUUAAAAUCAGAUAUAAUAGAAAAUCCAGCUUCAAUAUUGAAGUAUUUGAAAAUGAAAAAAAGAUUGGAUUGAUCAAAAUAACUAAGAAAGAGACUGAGGCGCCCGAGACGGUUGUUGUUUCUGCCAGGAUUACCCCAUUUAUGACAUUUGAGGUUAGCUCUGUCGCUGUUAGAUCUGAGAAUAGCCAGGGCUCUUCACCUGACAGUCCUCAAAAUCUUCUAUUUGAGUUUGAAUCAUUUGGGCUGAGCGAGAAGGUGCUGAACGAGAUGAAAGAGAUGGAUCAAGAAUUCAGCAAGACUGAGAAUGAAAAGAAGAGUGUCGAGCUGAUGCGUAAUCAUCUUGAAAAUUUCCUAGACUCAUUCGACAGCUCUAUAAAUAGGGUGUUUCCAGGGCUUAUUACAGCCGAGGACAGUAAAAAGAUAGAUGCCAUAAGAGACUCCUUUUUUGAGUCUCAGCCUGUCACUUCGAGCAUUAAGGAGGAGGAAGAUCUGAAAAGCAGCAUUAUUUCUUCUCUUGACUUUAUCAGCGACAAAUUAAAGGCAGUCGAAGACAAUGUUCGAUCGGAGGGUUCAGAAAUCCUGAAGAAGUUUGAUUCAGAAAUAUCAAAAUAUUUAACAUUCAGCACCUCGGCUCUCCGAUCGUUGCACAAUUCAAUAUACUGUCUUAGGGGAUACCUGUCUACUCUCAAGCUUGAUAUUGAAAAUGCGCAGUCCUUUGAUAGAAAUGUAUUUGAGAAACUAAAGGCCGAUGUUCAAAAGAACAUUGAGAAGGCUAUGGACGAAGAGGACAAGGAAAGGAAGAAAAAAGAGGAGGAGAAGAAGUCUGCUAAAGCAAGUGGCUCGUCAAGCGAUGGCUCGUCUAAUGAUCCGGAAAAAAGUAGUCGCGAUGAGUGUCAAAAGGAGAAUGACUCACAUGUCUGCGAAGACAAAGAUAGGAAAGGAUUAUAA